CUGAAAAUAACUGUUAAAAACAGUUCUGAUGUUUCGUAAAUCGUAUUGCACCCAUGAGAUUAAGUUUAUCUGACGAUAUUUCGGGGUGACAUCUUCGAGAAUUGUGGUAUUCCAAAGAUUCUGUGGUCAAGAUCCACGUCGAAAGUCAUUUUGAUAUUCACGCAAAUUUAUAUACGGAAUGGAGUGGGGAUCAUCUUCGACCACCAUAUAAAUAUUCCAAUCGUUUUGAUGGUUCGCCAGUUACAAACGUUGUUUUGGAUAGUUAAUUGUCAAGGGCAUUUUUCAGUGGUUUUGUAACAAUCAUUAUCAUUUUUUUCUUCCUGAAAAUUUUUUCUGUUUGAUCAUUGAUACUUUGUUUUGCUUAUUUGAAUUUAAUCUUCCUCAUUAUCUAUGAUAUUUAUAAACGUUUAAAUUAAAAACCUAUCAAUCAUCUGCUGCUGCCAUUCUUCAAUUUUCCUUUUUCCAAGAUGAGCAUCAAAGUUUUGGUGAAAGUUUGCGAGUCCCAUUUAUUUCCGCGAGUUAAAUCAGGUAACAGCUCAUUAUGGAUCACUUGGGGAAGACAUUUCAGCUGCACCGCUACAAUGUCGAGGACAAUGCUUAAAGACUCCCCUAAUGCAGCACUUAAUAAAUCAUUGCUGAAUAAAUACUUGGAGCUACCACAACCUGAUGAUAAAAUUCAAGCUAAAUAUAUUUGGAUCGAUGGUACUGGAGAAGGAUUAAGAUCCAAGACACGAACUCUUGACUUCGUACCGAAACAUCCAUCUGAGCUUCCAAAAUGGACUUACGAUGGAAGUUCAACUUAUCAAGCAGAUGGGGGUAAUAGUGACAUAUUUCUUCAACCAGUAGCAAUUUACAAAGAUCCAAUUCGACGAGGAAAUAACAAAUUGGUCCUAUGUGAAACAUUUAACAGCGAUAACACACCAACGAAAACAAAUAAACGUUACUCAAGUAAUCAAGCUAUGGAAUUAGUGAAAGAUCAAGAGCCAUGGUUUGGUAUUGAACAAGAAUACACCUUCCUAGAUUUUGAUGGAAGACCUUUAGGCUGGCCUAAAAAUGGAUUCCCUGGUCCCCAAGGGCCUUAUUAUUGUGGAGUAGGAGCUGACAAAGUCAUUGGAAGGGAAAUUGUUGAAGCUCAUUAUCGAGCUUGUAUUUAUGCUGGUAUUAAGAUCGCUGGAACAAAUGCUGAAGUUAUGCCAUCACAAUGGGAAUUCCAAGUUGGUCCGUGUGUUGGUAUUAGCGCUGGAGAUGAUCUCUGGAUGGCUAGAUUCCUUCUUCAUCGUAUUGCUGAGGAGUAUGGUGUCAUUGUUACCUUGGAUCCUAAACCCAUGGAUGGAAGCUGGAAUGGAGCUGGUGCCCACACCAACUUCUCAACAAAGGCAAUGCGUGCUGAUAAUGGAAUUGUUGAGAUUGAAAAAGCUAUUGAAAAGUUAAGCAAAAAACACAUUCGUCACAUCCAAGCCUACGAUCCACGUGGAGGAAAGGACAAUGAACGUCGUCUCACUGGUAAAUGCGAAACUAGUAGCAUCCAUGAUUUUAGCGCAGGCGUUGCUAACAGAAAUGUCAGUAUUCGUAUUCCUCGUGGUGUUGCUGAAGACAAAAAAGGAUAUCUAGAAGACAGAAGACCAAGCAGCAAUUGUGAUCCAUAUUCUGUUUGUGAUGCUCUAAUUCGCACAUGUUUGUUGAAUGAAUAAAUCGAAUCAACUUCGAAUUUACCACUAUAAUACAAAAUUGUCGACUCAAAUACUAAGAAAAUCUCUUUUAAUCCAUAGAUUGUCGAAUUAUUACGUGUUUUAUAGAGAAUAAUAUAAUAAGAUAUCUUGUAUAACAUUGAUAAAAAAUUUAUUUAAUGUUGAUGUGGAAUUCUAUUAUAUUUUUGGUUAAAUUUAUGUUAAAAUAUAAAUUGUUUAUUAUUUUAUUAGAUCAGCGAAAAAGUUUCUGCAUAUUUACUUUAAGUCAUUAUUCUGUUAAAUUAAAAUAACCUGAACUUUUCUAUCUUCCUACAUAAAAAAGGAGAUGAAGAAUAAAAAUAUAAAGUGAGACUUAAAACAUCAAUUUUAUUAGUAAAAAAAAAAAAACAAAAGUUAUGAAACACAGAAAUUGACUUGCAAAAUAAGUACAUUCUUAUCUUGA